CGGGCCGGAAGCGGCCGCUGCUCCGCGCGCCAUUUUCAAAGGUUUUCAAACGCUGGGACAUCGCGGCCACUCCGCAGCGGCCCCGCUUGCCGGCGCCUUCUUUUAGUGUUACUGCAGAAAAUUCUCUUCCUGUACAAACUGACACGGUUUUGUUCAUGAUAUUUCUUCUGCAAAAGUUUCUCGAUUAGAUUAGUAAAAAAAUCUUUGUUCUUUCUAAAACACGAGCUCUUAAGCAAAUCUGAUGAACUAUUUUAAGGUAAUUUAAUAUUUUUAACUGAUACAAGUCUUCUUAAGGAGAAGAUGAGAUCAGGAGUUACCAGUUUUCUUCUGUAGUAGUAUAAUAUGUAUUCCUGAGACUCAGUCUAGACACAGUAACACAAUCACACUUUUCCUGAAUUCAACAAAGAAUUUUCAACUUUAAUGCAGAAAUACCAAGGACUUGUUUCUUUAAUCUUUGAAGACCAUUUACUACACAUCAGGACAUUGACUUCCACUUAGCACACUGGUGGAAAGAAACUGCGCCACCGCUUCCUUCAGCCAUCCCAGCACAGCAUGUAAGGGAUUGUUGGCCAUACCAUUGCUUAGUUAAUAUCCCAGCAACCUGAACCUCUUCAAGCAAAUAUUUUUGGUGGUACCCAGAACAGAUGCCGUGCUUAUAGGACUGGUGAUUCUCAUCUACAGAGCAGUACCCAGCAACCACAGGUGUUCUGUUUUUCUUGACUGACAAAAGCAGCUUUGGAGGUGUGUUUACAAUGAAUACAAGUGCAGAGCGAAGGUUCCUUAAUCUCAGGAAACGUCUGGAUCAGCUGGGCUAUCGGCAGUCACUGGGAGUGGAGAGUUUACCUUUGGUGGAAAAGCUUUUCAGUGACUUAGUUCAUACAACAGAGAGCUUGCGCAGAGCAAAGUUAUCUUCUGGAAAAACUGAGAAAGAAUGCAACAAUUAUGAUACUAUUUUGGAACCUUAUAAAACAGAGAAUGCUAGACUUACCAGGGAAAAUAAUGAUCUACAUUUAGAAAUAUUAAAACUUAAAGAGCAGUCUGAUCAUCAUAUUAAAGAUUUGAAAGCUUCCUUAAGGAGGGUUGAACAUGAAACAUCUGACUUGAAAUUUUUGAAUAACCAGUAUGUACAUAAAAUUAAAAUGCUGGAAAAAGAGACCAAAGCCAAGAAUGAAAAAAUUCAGCAGCUUCAGGAGAAGAAUCUGCAAGCAGUGGUGCAAACACCUGGUGGCAGGAGGAAAAGCAUUCCCUUCAGGCGUCAGCGCAUGCAGAUAGACCACCUUGUGCCCCCAUCAGGUGUCAGUGCCUACCCAGUGCCUCAGCCAGAGGACCCUUACAUCGCAGACCUUCUCCAGGUGGCUGAUAAUCGAAUUCAAGAACUGCAGUCAGAAGUAACAGAGCUACAGGAAAAACUGGAGGCAUCUGAAAGUGGAAUGAAAAAUUAUAGCAAACAGGUUGAGAUAAGAGACAAAGAAAUCGAGCGCUUAAUGCUGGCAUUGAAUGGUGGGCGUUCUCAUGAGGUUCUCUCUCUGGAAUCAAGAGCUAAAAGUAAUGAGAAGCUUAUUUCCCACUUGAAUUUACAGGUUGAAUAUCUUCAGCAAAAAAACAAAGAACUUGAAAAUCGCAUUCAAGAUCUCUUGAACACUAAACAAAAUGUGACUAGUGAGGUAGUGGAUUUAAGCAAUAAAAAUGAAGAACUGUGUCAAGAACUGAAUGAAAUAGAUCACUUGGCACAGCAGUUGGAAAGACACAAAGAAAUAGUGCUUGAGACUGCAGAUAAGGAAAUAGGAGAAGCAAAGAAAGAAAUUGAAAGAAAAGUCAGUGAAAUACAGGAUCUACAAGAAACAGUAACAAGGCUUAAAUCAGAGUUGUGCUCAUGUCAAAAGGAGAAUGACAGACUGAAUGAAGAGCUCAUUGGGAAAAAAGAUGAAAAAGGGAAUCUUGAGUUGUUGUUAAGCCAGCUUCAACAAGAGAAGCAAAGGCUGACAGAAAAAACAGAGCACUUAGAAAGAAAAGAACGAGAAUUUGUCCUAGAAAUUGAAAGAAUGAGAUUAGACUACGGUAUUGCCCUAGGAGACAAAUCUCCAUCUCGCCUAGAUGCAUUUGUAAAGACCUUAGAAGAUGACAGAGACUACUAUAAGCGAGAAUUAGACUAUCUUCAGAAAAUGGUAAAACUAAGGCCUAGCCCAAGCCGCAGGACUGCAGAGAAGAGCGAAGAGGUUAAAUCAAUCACCAGAGAAAGAGAUGAGCUGCGGUCUGUGUUAGACAGAUUUGAAAAACACAUGAUAGAAAUUCAGUCCAAUGUCAAAUUAUUGACUGCAGAAAGAGAUAGAUUAAAUGUUCUUUAUGAGCAGUCUCAGAGUGAAUUGAACAGGAUGAGAAGAGAAGCAAAACACAGCUUAGUUUCUCAAAGUACCUUAGAAGAAGAAAGAGACAUUGCACUGACUGAUUUUAAAAUACUAAUGGCAGAAAAAGAAAGUCUUGGAGAAAAAUUGAAGAUGCAUCAAGAAGCAGCAAACCAUGAAAAAUUAAAGCUGCAGCAUGAUAUUUCAGAAUUGGAGAACAGAAUUCAAGGACUUAAGAUUGAAAAGUGUGAACUAAGGACUACAGUCUCUAUCCUGAAAGAAAGAAUAAACUAUUUGGAAAAUGACUUAAAACUGAAGUCAAAUAAACUUGCCCAGACUUCUGAUGAUUCUUCUCAAUUUAAAGUUGAGAUAUGCUCACUUCAGCUCUUAAAUGACCAACUCCAGAAGUCUGUUGAAGAUUUACGGGACAGAUUGUCCCUCAAAGAGGAUGAACUGCAAACAGCUCAUGAAGAAAUUAUAAAGCUGAAGGAGAUAAUAGAUAGGUUAAACCAGAGGAGCACUUCACAGGAUGAAGCAGUCAGUGUGCUGAGAAGUACAAUUAGUGUUUUGGACAAAGAAAAGGACAGUCUUCAAGAAACCGUAGAUGAAAAAACAGAAAGAAUUGCAUGCUUAGAUGACAACUUAGCUAACAGGGAAAAAACAAUUGCUCAUUUACGUUUAACUCUCUCUGAGCUGGAGUCCUCAACAGACCAGAUGCAGGGCAUGCUGAGCAACAGAGACCGUGAGAUAUCCAGCUUACAUCGCCAGCUUGAUACAUCCCAGGUAGAGCUUGCAGAAAUGGGAAGGGUAAAGGAAAUGGCUCUGAAAGAAAACAGAAGACUGCAAGAUGACCUGGCUACAAUGGCCAGAGAAAACCAGGCUAUCAGUACUGAGCUUGAAGAUGCAAUACGUGAAAAAGAAGAAAUGAAAACCAGGGUUCAUAAUUAUAUAGCUGAAGUCUCCAGAUUUGAGACCUUGAUAGCUUCAAAGGAAAAAGAAAACCAAGAAUUGUUAGAGAAGUUCCGGAUGCUCCAUACACAAGCUGAAGACUGGGAAAUGAAGGCUCAUCAAGCUGAAGGAGAAAGCAGCUCAAUACGACUGGAGCUCCUUUCAGUAGAUACAGAUCGGAGACAUCUUCGAGAGAGAGUAGAAUUUCUGGAAAAAGAGAUUCAAGGGCAUAUUGUUGCACAUCAAGUAUAUGAAUCUCAGAUCUCCUCCAUAACGAAAAAUAUAUCCAGACUGGAAGAGGAUCUUAAACGUGAAAAUCAGGAAAAGGCUUCUGUGUUGGCAGACCUCACUUCUGUGAGAGAACUCUGUGUGAAACUUGAGGCUAACAAAGAACUUGUAGCUCGACAGCUGAUGUCCAAAAGCAUGGAUUAUGAAAGGGUUCUAGGAGAAUUAGAAGAUAUAAAAUCAGAAACAGAGUUGCUGAAAAAGCAGCUAUCCAGUGAGAGACUUACAGUUCAGAAUCUUGAAACGUUAUUGGCUACUAGUAGAGACAAAGAAUUUCAAAAUCAAUUAAUGUCCCAAGAGAAAGAUACCGAUAUUCAGUUACUGAAAGACAAGCUGACGCUGGCUGAGAGUAAACUAAGCAGCAAUAAUAGAGAGGUUUCCAUACUUCGAAGUAAAGUUGCACAAAUGCAGACUGAGUGUGAUGUUUUAAAAAGGAAACUGACAACUGAGCGCUUUGAACGAGAGCGAGCGAUUCAGGAGAUGCGUCGCCACGGCCUCUCCACGUCCUCACUCCGGGCUUCGCCUCCCCUCAGCUCCACACUGAGAUCUCCCUCGCAUUCUCCAGAACGCAGCGCUGGGAGAACUGAUCAAGCAGCAGCUGAAAAGUUUCUUGAGAACUGAGCUCAGCGUGGCAUGAACCCACAUUGUCAGCAGUUUUUCUCUUCUGCGAAUUUUUGGGCAAAGCAGAAAGUGGAAACUGUAGCAAAUGAGAUACUGACAGUGGGGAUGAAACAGCAGAUAAGCCUUUUGCUUUACUGGUGAGCCCCUAGGCAUACCCUGUUGUGUCGCAAAACAACAUUUUGACUGAGAUGAUGACAGAUACUGUAUUUCUGAGAAUGAGUAUCAUCAGUAGAGAAUUGUCUUUAGUCUUCCUUGCUUUACAGUGAGUCCUGAGAACAAUAAAAAGUCCAGUUGCUAUGUUUGGAGGAUACCAUGUAGUAGCUAUUUUUAUCUAAUAUUUGUAUCCCUAGUUUUCACAGUCUCAACUCUGUCCUAUAUCUUACCAGAAAAUAUCCCAUUUUCAUGAAGUGUGUAUUUUUAAAGAAGGUGGUUUUUAACAACUGAAUUCACAUACAGUUGUUAUGCAUAUCUUGCCUUUUAAAUGUAGCAAUUACCGUAGAGUGAUCUCAGCAGUACUGUUACCAUCUUUCAUCCUUGUUUAUUCCUUCUUGGGAGCUUACCAGAGUGAAGUGUAGUCUGUAAUUACUGUUCUGUAGUGUUACUGCUGUCUUUCUCUAACCUGAUUAAUCUUCUCAAGAAAUUUUCUCUUCCUCCUCAUCUCACUUUUACUUUGGUAAAUCAUUUUAGCUAUGGGCCAGUGGUGUAGAGUUUUAAGUAAUAUGCUAAUUGUUGAUAUUUGGGAAUAACAGAAGAGCAUCUGAGGAGGCUAAAGCUAAUUACUACUUUUUAUCCUAAUAUUAAGUAGUAAAAUAUAAUAGUUACCUUUAUUUUGACAUCUUUUCUUUCUCCACAGAAGUGUGACCUUCAAGGAAUAACCAGUACUUGAGUAACUGAAGCAUUACCUUGUUACAAGGACUUUUUUUUUAUAAAUUAUGAAUACUGUCUUGUAUUUUACCUCUGUUUUCUUCAAAUCAGUGAUUAUCUUUGAAACCUCUGAGAACGGGUGAAGUAAUCAACUUUGCAAAAUUCUGCUUUCCCAACUGGCAGGAGUGACUGACUUUUUCCUGGCUGUUUGACAGGUUUUAGAUCAAGCCUGGAUAAGUUUGGUUACUAUUUUGGAAACAUAGUAAUUAUAAGAAGGAAAUGAGUACUUGAUUUGACAAUCUUUUACUAUUUUAUUUGUUUGUUUAUCUCAUAUGAUUGCAGAAGUUUAUUCAUCUUAAUGUGAGCUAACAUAGAAUAAAAUCCCCAACUGUGUUAAAAAUGGUGAGCCAGUUUUCUACUCAUGAUGAUUUCCUAUGUUUGUGCUUCUAACAAGUGUUUUCUGUUUUCAGGUUAUUCUUUAUGGUAUUUAAAAGUAUUGAUUAUCUAUUCUGUGAAUGCAUUUUGUUUACUGAACCUUUUCUUAAUAAAAAAUAC